GGAAAACUAAAGCAGAGACAUUGAAGCUCCAUUGAAUAAGGCAGCACUACGCUAAAGUGCCGCGCAACACAGAAGCCCUUUUCUGGUCUAUUGCGUUUCACAUGGAUGUGGAAGGGAGAACUUUUUCCUUUUCAGGUCGCCUUGUGUCAAGGAGGAAUAAAAAAGAAGUAGCGCACUCUCCCCAUGUCUUUCCGUGAAACGACAGCCGAAACCGGCGACGGCUCGAGCACCUCUUCCCUAGCCUUCGCCACCAGUGAAGGUGGCAGUCGCAAGCGUGGUCGCUCGCCACCAGGUAAGCCGUACGUGAGCGAUUAUCGCCCCUACGGCAGCGGCCUCCUUCAACUGCACCGACGCCGCCCAAACGCAGAGAUGCACAAGAAGCAAUGGGACCUCUACUACCGCAACAACACCGUCAACGGGUACAAGGACCGGCAUUAUAUCCUGCGCGAAUUCCACGAGCUGCGUGCGGCGAUCGACGCGGCCGCAGAAACCGCCGUGGGUGCUGACACGACCGUCCCUGAAGGAGGUGCUGACAAGGACGCAGAAGCAGUCGCUUCCGAUGGCGCAGCUUCCUUUUCGUGGAUGGAGGCUGGGUGUGGUGUGGGCAACGCGAUGCUGCCGGUCUUCCAGGAGUACGGUCAUCUGCCGCAGUGGCGUGCGCUGCUCGGGUUUGACAUUUCGUCCGUGGCGAUACGCCUCCUCGAAGAAAAAAUAGCGUCGAUGCCACCGGCGCUGGCCGCAAAGGUGCAUGUCUGCGUGCUCAACCCGAGCGAGUCGGACGUGGCCGACUGUGCGCUUUUCCACCCUGCGCCGGCGUGUUCUUCGUUGUCAGCGGCGACGGCGGCGCCGCGCGCGUUUCCGGAGUUUGUGUCCCUUAUUUUUGUUCUCUGCUCGGUCCCGGUGCCGUCGCACGCGGUGGUGCUGCAGCGCCUUGCAAAGUGUAUGAAGCGUCCAGGUGGGGUAUUGUACUUUCGCGACUACGCCGUGAGCGAUCACGCAGAGUCGCGCUUUCAGCAGUCCAAUCGACAACUGCGGGGUGAGAGUGGCAACGGUGUUGCAGCGGCGGACGCCAACACCUACGAACGCACCAAUGGUACGUUAAGCCACUUCUUCUCCGUUGAUGAAGUUCGCCAGCUUUUCACAGGCGCCGGCUUUGAGGUGAUAGCGUUAGGCAUCAUCGAGAGCGACGUCACCAACCGUAAGACGAGCGCAUCCUUUGCGCGCAAGUUUGUGCAAGGGCGUUUUCGGCUGCUGGCGUGA